AUGUUCCACCUACCAGCUAGUGGUGUCCCGAUACGACGGUUGUUUUCAACAACCAGCCGAACACUAUCGCAUGACAAUCCUUUGGGCCUUCCAAAGUCCGGCACGCCACCAACUUUUCGUAGUCGGCGUGGAAUGCCCGAAAAGCGCAAGAUUCGGGAUGUCAAGAAAGUGGUUGCUGUCUCUUCAGCCAAAGGUGGAGUAGGCAAAUCGACUGUUGCGGUCAACCUCGCCCUUGCUUUUGCCCGUCGAGGAAUCAAAACAGGCCUUCUAGAUACCGACAUUUUUGGCCCGUCUGUCCCGACUCUCCUCAACCUCUCUGGCGAGCCUCGCCUUGAUGAAAACAACUGUCUCGUUCCCCUCACAAAUUAUGGUCUUAAGUCCAUGUCCAUGGGAUACCUUCUCCCACAAACCCAGGCUGACAGCACUGGUGAAGUACCAAUGGACACAACGCCAAUCUCCUGGCGAGGACUGAUGGUAACAAAAGCCAUGCACCAACUUCUCCACUCCGUCUCAUGGGGCCCACUUGAUGUCCUCAUCAUGGAUCUCCCACCAGGUACCGGCGAUGUCCAGCUUACGAUCAAUCAAGAAAUCAUCAUCGAUGGCUCAGUGAUCGUAACAACACCACAAGACAUCGCCCUGCGUGACGCCGUCCGUGGAUUUGGCAUGUUCAAGCGCAUGGAAGUUCCUGUACUUGGAAUGGUUCGUAACAUGGCCUACUUUGCUUGUCCUAAUUGCGGCCAUGAAACCAAGAUUUUUUCGCACGGUGACGGGGAUCAUUGUCAUGGUGAAGAGAGUGGUGUUCUGGCGCAGUGCAAACGUCUAGGCGUUGACUUCCUUGGCGAUAUCCCUCUUGAUGCGAAGGUGUGCGAGGAUGCCGACCGUGGAAUGCCGACUGUCGUGGCGGAGGAAUCGGUAGAACGGAGUGCUAGGCGCCAGGCAUUCCUAAGUAUUGCGGAGCAAGUCGCGCACAAGAUUGGCUUGGAUUGGAAGUGA